AUGUCCCCAAUCGUUGGUAUUGCAUUCGGUAACACUACCUCUUCCAUUGCGUACGUUAACCCUAAAAACGACGUUGACGUGAUCGCGAACCCAGAUGGUGAGCGUACUAUCCCAUCGGUUCUAUCCUACGUCGGUGACGACGAGUACCACGGUGGCCAGGCCCUCCAACAGUUGGUCAGAAACCCUAAGAACACCAUUAUCAACUUCCGUGACUUCCUAGGACUGCCCUUCUCUGAAUGUGACGUCUCUAGGUGUACCGCCGGUGCCCCAGCUGUCGAGAUCGACGGCAAAGUCGGUUUCAUUGUCUCGAGAGGAAACGGGAAGGAGGAAAAGCUGACCGUUGACGAAGUCGUUUCCAGACAUUUGAACAAGCUGAAGCUUGCCGCUGAAGACUACAUCGGCCAGGAGUUGUCUCAGACCGUCAUCAGCGUCCCUACUAACUUUACUGACGCUCAGAAGGACGCUCUGCGUGCGGCUGCCAAGAAAGUUGGUCUAGAAAUCAUCCAGCUGAUCAACGAGCCUUCCGCUGCCCUUCUGGCCCACACCGAGGCUUACCCAUUCGAGGACGACGUCAACGUCGUUGUUGCAGACUUCGGUGGUGUCAGAUCGGACGCUGCUGUCAUUGCCGUCCGCAACGGUAUCUACACUUUGCUAGCCACAUCUCAUGACAACAACCUUGGUGGUGAGAACCUAGAUGCCGAGCUCGUCGAGUUUUUCGCCAAAGACUUCGAGAAGAAGAACAAAUCUAACCCUAGAAAGAACGCCAAGUCGAUGGCCAAACUGAGGGUCAACUCCGAGAUCACCAAGAAGACUCUGUCAAACGUCACCACAGCCACAAUCUCAAUCGACUCUCUGGCUGACGGCUUCGACUACCAUACAUCCAUCAACAGACUCAGAUACGAACUUGUUGCCAACAAGGUUUUGAGCAAGUUUGCCCAGUUCAUUGAGGCUGUUAUCACUAAGGCCGAGCUGGAUCCAUUGGACAUCGAUGCCAUUGUUCUAUGCGGUGGGUCUUCCUUCACCCCAAAGCUGAGCUCCAACUUGGAAUUCCUGCUUCCAGAAUCUGUUGCCGUUCUGGGCCCACAGAGCAAGAACGCCUCUAACAAUCCAAAUGAAUUGCUAGCCUACGGUGCGGCUCUGCAAGCGCAGUUGUUGUCUAACUACGACGCGGAGGAGCUUGCUCAGGCUCUGGAACCAGUUGUCAUCAACACUCAACACCUAAAGAAGGCUAUCGGCCUGGUUGAUGCUGAGGGCAACUUCGUCCCAGUUUUGCUGCCUGAGACCUCAUUCCCAGUUAAAAAGGACUUGACUCUGAAGAAUGUCAAGGGCGACGUUCUGGUUGGUGUUUACGAGGGUGACCAUCACAUUAAGGAGACCGUUCAAGAGCCAGCUGCCAAGGAGGAGUCCAAGGCUGAGGACGAUGACGAGAGUGACUGGUCUGACGAAGACGAUGAACCAGAAGUUAUUAGAGAGAAGCACUACACUCCAGGCAUCAAGCUUAUGGAGCUUGGCAUCAAGGGCGCUCAAGGUCUACAGCUCUCUUUCAACGUCAACAGGGAAGGUGUUCUGAGAGUUGCUGCUAGAGAUCUGAAAUCUGGUAACAUCGUUAAGGGUGAAUUGUAA